AUGACUGAUGCAAGUCCAAGCAGGUCUUCUGAGACUAUUAAGACGUCGGACAGGGACUUGGUCAAGACAGUGCGAUCGCUCGACCAAACGGGCCCCGGGGCCAAUGGCGAGAACCUCGACCGACUAUGGAAGCAGCUUACAUCUGCCAGCCAGGUGCCCUUUUCUGCCGCUGAGGAGAGUGUCCUCCGAUGGCUUCUCAAAGUCAUGAAAGCGAACAACGAUGAAGCCGACACAAUCCGACGAUUUCCCUUGACGUGGCGCAUUCUCGAUUGCGCAUUCCAAAGAAUUCCUCUAUUUUCACUCGCAAAGUCCCUAGCCGAUCGAAAGUUCAUGGCGGUUCUUCAACAGACUCUCAAGAGCGUCGCGAAACCGAGCACCGAAGCCCAGAUCUCGGAUCCUAAAUCGAAGAAGAGGAAAAGGAACCAUGCCGCAGUCUUUGAGCUGAAGACGCUGCAGUCUUUCGAGGGCUGUCUAGGCACGGGGGAGGCCAUCUUUGGUGCGUUAAAGAAUCUGCUUGAACGACUGGACCCGGCGGCACAAUGGUCCGCCCAUGACAGGAUGGGAGCAGAACACAUCAAGGCACUCUUCGCCCAGCCUGCGACCGAGGCGGUAGAGUUGCUCUCGCCUCUGCUGUCCCUUUGCGACUUCUCUCUGGAAGCGUCAGACACCGAGCCAUUUGAGGCGCAAGAGUCAUGGGUAAAGGUCUUCUCAUCCGCCUGGGACCUGCAUCUUCAGGGGGGUGCCGAUGCGCUUGAAGUCGCGACACACCUCUCGCGCGCAUCUUUCUCUAUUAUGGGCAAGACUAAGAACCAGUCGAGCAAAGAUGACCAAGUGGCCAAGGUAUGGACGCGUGACCUCGAGAAGUUCCUCCAACGCAACCUUGUUCUACCGGCGAGGUCGGCAUACCUCAACAAAACCGAUCUCGAGAUCGUCGUUCGUUGUUUCGCCAUAAUACAGAACAUCGCCUUGGCCGCGGUUCCUAUUUUCUAUAGUCUAGUGUCAUCAGCUCCGAGAGUUGUCGGAGGACUCACAACAACAAAGGCUGAGGAGGCCUGGAUGCAGGAGGUUUUCAAGAUGUCUGAGCGUGCCAUGCGACAGCUGUCUGGUAGCGAGAAAUCGCAAGCUAUGGAAGGAAUCCUCGAUGAAGCAAUCACGAACAAGUCUCGCAUCGCUCCGAGUGACCUUCUGUCAGUCUGCGAGACAUACGCACUCUCUGAUAACCAGAGCGAGACUGACUGGCGUCUCUUGUCGCUUAUUGCGAAAUGUGACGCGGACAUCUUUUUGCAAUCAGACCAGGGCACACAGCUAUUCGAGCAAGUGUGCGACAGGAUCACUACAGUUGGCGCGGAGGCGGACGAGGACACUAUGCGCCAGCUGAUAGAGUCGUUGAUAACUGGCUUUGAGAAUGCCCGCGACUUAUCAACAUUCCUGAAGACGUGGUUCAAUCAGCUCUCAAAGUUCGAGGACAAGAAGCUGCGAUCCGGAGACCGGCCCGUUUGGUAUACUAGAGUACACCGCAACCCGACGCUGAUUGGGGGCAUCCAGAAGUCCUUGACCACCAAGCAGUUGGUCAAUCUGCUGCAAUGGGUUGAGGAGCAGCGGGAACUCCGUCCGGCUGCAGUCUUCAUCUUCCUCAACACCCUCGCGUCUGCAAUCACCAAGGACGACUAUGCCGAUGCGGUUGGAAGCAAGCUUGCCGACAUUGCGCUGAACGUCGGGUCGGCCAGCAAAACACCGUCGGAUAUUCGCUCCCUGCGUUGGAGAAUCAUCUCCAAGACUGUUUCCUGGCUAGACUAUGACCAGGCCACCGCUCUCUGGGAUAAGGUCCAGAAAGAUCUCAUAAAGGCAUUACAAAAAGCUAAAUUUGACGACGAAGAUACGUGCGAGGCUCUGGAGUGCGCAUACAACUUCUGGCUAUCAAUGUAUCCCGACGGCCGCGACCAGACUGUUCUUUCUUCCUUGCUUACAAGCUUCGUCGAGAGACUCCUGAAGAAGGUCAAGGUGGAAGACCUCCAGGGCCUCUUCGACUCGCGAGACUUUGCAGCUUCAGAUACCUCUGAUGUCCCAAGAUUUUGCGCAGAGUUCCCCCUCGCAGCUUCAAGACUUGUGGCUCUUCUUGCGAAGUCCUCAGGCGGUCUGCCCGACUACUUGCAACGCGCCUUGAGUGAUGAGACCUCUUCCAAGGGCAGCGAGGUGAAGCUAGGCAACGUGCUUCACGCGGUUGCAUCAAACGAAAACAACCUGUGCAAGAGGAAGCUGACAGCCGACGUGGUGGAUCACGCCAUCGACAUCAUCAGCAAAGCCUCAGCAAAAUCUUCUCCCUGGGCUGAGCAGCAGAGCAGGAUCGCCAUGAUUGAAUUAUCAAGAAUCCCCGACGAAUCUAUCACAAGACAACAGAGGGAGUGUCUCAUGGAAGUCCUGGUUCCAAAAGUCCACGCGGCAGGCCAACUAGAUCCUUCGGAUUGGCAUCUGGUCUUGGGAUUCUUGGUCAAGCUGAUGUCAAGGCCAACAUUUUACCAAAAAAUGUCAUUCGCCGACCUUCAGAAGAUUGCCAACUCAUUGUCAAAAGUCUGCGCGGAGAGCAACUCGAGUACGGCUCUCGGCCUGUCCCAGCUCGUCGCACAAUUGGCGACAUCAACCGUGCGACAAAUGAAUGAUCACCAGGAAUGGCGCACACAAUACUUCAACAAGGUCCCCGCUCUUCUGAAGGACCUAGAUGGCGAUGCCUCCUCUGUGCAAAUGACUCUGUUGAAGGCACUGCUCUCCGUUGUGCUACCUGAAGCCGGAUCUGAUGACAAAGCUGUUGUCAUCGACAGCAAUCAAAUAGCUUCGGUCUUGGGAAGUCUCAUUCAAGAUACGUUGAGUGACUUUUCCAAGGCCUCACGAAGGCAGAAGGUCAAGGGAGACAUCGUCAACCGCGCCCUAAUUGCACUCGACGCAGCUGGAACUUUGCCAAAGCUGGCCGUCGCGGGGCUCAAGAUCAAGGUGUCUCAGUUGGAGGAGGUGAGCCAGCAGGCGAUUACAAAUGGAUACUUCAGCGGCUGGAAGCUUCAGGCAUUCCUCAUCAAGUAUUUCCCGUCAAAGGUGGCAGCUGCUCGGCCGACCUCCUUUGGCCAGCUCUUCAGCAGCACGCUGCCCACACCACUACCGAGUGGCGCAGUGCCCGAUCCCCUUUCUGACUUCAACAGACAAUCGAUAUUAGAAGACAUUGUUGACGCCGCUGUCGCUGGUCUUGACUACAACGGCAAGAUUCAGUAUGUUCAGAGCCUUCUUGAAGGCGUUGAGACAGAUACUGCUCCGGCAGCCGGUUCGACUUCCGAAGGCCAACUCCUUGCCAUCCGCCGUGUGAUUACUCAGAUGACUGAAUCCCUUGUCGGUCUUGAAAAGUCAAAGACCUUUGACCUGGCCACAGCCCACGGCAAACUGAUCAGGUACCUGGCCCAGGCCGGAACUGUACGUGAAUUCGUCAGGACCGCCGAAGUCCUACAACAGCUGCUCGACGUCAAGUCGGAGUCCAUGACCCAGUGGAACAUUGAGACGACGCUCAGCACGGCGGCAGCAAUAGUCUCCAACGACCAAGGCCACCUCCUCGACGCGUCGCCGAGCGUGUACCAAUGGCUCUGCAAGCUAAUGGAGGUCAUCAUCAAGAAGCACCGUCUCCGGCUUGAGGGCCACUACCACAUCCUCGUUACCACCCUCGAAACCCUGCUCGGUGCCCUCGCUCACCCCUCAUCGUCUACACAGCAACGGGCUAAGCACGCCGCACAAUUCACCCGCCUCGUCACCCUCGUGUGCGAGCCCGCGGCGGCAGCCGUCUCCCGCGUGCAGCACCUCAGCGCCCUCGACUCGGCGACCGACGCGGCGAAGAGGUCGGCCGGUCGGCACAUGUACCUCGUCCUCAUGGCGUACGUCAAGCUGCAGCUGGACAUCGACGUGCCGCGCGAGGUCCGCGAGGCGUUGGAGCCUGGCAUGAACUCCGUGUUUGACAUCACGACGCUCGAGGUGAGGAAGAUUCUCAACGAUAGCAUGGAUGCCAGUGGCAGGGCUAUUUUGAGGGAGAUGUACAAGAGGUAUACCAAGUUUGGCAAGUGGAGUGGUGUGUAA